UGUUUUUUUUGUUCUCAAAUGCUGGAUAUGCUGGGUCAAUGAACUGUUAAUCCAGGAAGCAGAGCUGAGAGGACAAACUGAGAAGACAUUAUAAUGAUGGCAAGCAGGAAUGCAACACUUUCCCAGAAGUCCCUCAUCUAGGGAAACAUGCAAGAAAGCAGCCUUUGUGACUCUUUAAACCACUGACUGUAACCUGGUCCAGGUUUGUCAGUGCCUGCUGAAAAAGACUUCUAGAACUUUAAAGCAGGCUACAAGACUGUCCUCAGCAGGAUCCAAGAUUUUCCCAGGCACUUUACCAGCCCUACACACAGAACAAGAUGAUUGACCUAAGCUUCCUAACAGAGGAGGAACAAGAGGCAAUAAUGAAGGUGCUGCAACGGGAUGCAGAGCUUAAAAGAACCGAAGAAGAGAGAGUCAGGCAUUUACCAGAAAAAGUCAAAGACCAUGUUCAGCUAAAGAAUAUGAGUGGGCAGUGGUUUUAUGAGGCCAAGUCAAAGAGGCACAGGGAUAAGAUCCAUGGAGCAGACAUUAUCAGAGCUUCCAUGCGCAGGAAACCUGCCACCAUCGCUGAAGUGGGUCAGAACAAAACAAGCAAAGCAAAGAUCAGCUGGGUGAACAAUGUUAAUAAAGAAGGCUUCGUGCCACCAGAUCUACAUGGCAUUGUGGAACAUCAAGAAGAAGAGCAACAGAAAGCUAGUUUGAGUUCUAAAGAAGCAAGCCCUGUGUUAAACAAACCAGAAGAAAGACCUGUGAAGGCAGCAGUCUCAUCAGUAAGGCAAAGGAGAAAUCCAUUUAAUUCCACUACAUCAGAUGAUAACUUGAACAAUGGGGAAUCAGAAGACAGACCAGCCAUUGUACCUCAGCUAUCAAAGAAGGAAAUUUGGUCAGUCUCAGAAGACAGCCCACCUAAAUCAAACUUACAAAAUGAUGAAUCAGAUAAACCUGAGAAGCCUUUUGUAGAACUUACUGAUCCAUCACAGAAGGAACUAGUUAAUCGUCCUGUCCCAAAAGCUAGGAAACUAAUUCACAAAGCAGCAGAUUCUGUAUCACAAAGAGAAGGCCUUGCCCCCAAACCAACCAAGCAGACCGAGAGGAUUAAUGGCAUUGGUAGCCCGCCCAGGGGCAUUCUGAAACGCAGCUCAAGCUCAAGUUCCACUGACUCAGAAGUUCGGGUCAGUCAAAUGUUAGAUGUCCAGAAAAAGAAUGAUCUUUCUACCACAACUAUUUUUGAAGGGGAAGGUGAGAAGAACUCUGUUGUGGAAGAAGCAGAAGAUUCCACACAAAACUCACUGGAAAAACUGAAACAAGUGAGGUUUUCAUCCAGCUCAGGUAAAGGAAAACCUCUGCAAAGCCCACAGCUAUGCCAUGUUAAAGAAAAAGGAGACCAUGAUAUCUUAAAACCUGACAAAAAAAAGAAUAGUGGAAAUUAUGCUGUUCAAUCAGAUUCACUUGGUGAUAGGCAAAUUCCUGCUGCAAAGCCUUUGGGAACCUAUUUAUCAGCUUUACAAAUGAAAACAAUAGAUGGCUUACAAGAAGACACAUCUGCAUCCAGCCCUCGUGACAGUAACAGAUCAGUCUUCCCAGUUAGUGAAAGCUUCCAGACAAAUACAGUUACUCCCAAGAAACUUGAAACCCCACAGAAGACCUCCAGCAAUAUCCUGUCAAACAGCAAUAAUGAACAGAGUGUUAAUGAGACACAUGAAAAAAAAUCCAACCAGAUCCUGAUCCAAGCAGAUAGACAUCAACUCUUGGCUGAAACAGAAGCACGUGAGAUGUCCAAUACCAAUUCUACAAGUCUUCAACAAGGUAAGCCUGAUCUUGUUGAGGAAAGAGAUGCUAAAACCAUUUUCAAGCCUGGAAAACAUGCUGAUGAACUUGUGAAAGUGGACGAUGACUCUGUAUCAAAAGUUUUAGACUGGUUUAGAAGAAGUUCUAGUACUGAAGAUGAGGAACUUGUAUCAAUGAAGUCCGAAGGCAGGGAGCCCAGAGAGGAAGUGGACAUGUCAAUCAGAAGAGCAGUUCUUCCUACAGAACACAGUGGGCCUGGCAUGCAUGGAACAACAAAAGAUACAGAAGAUAGACCAUUUGGAAAGAUUAAACAACAGAGCAGUAUUUCAUCUACAUCCUUUACUUCAGAAAACAUACAGCUGAUAAAGGAGAGGGUGAAGCCUAAGACAGAGGAAGCAAAUAAGAAGCAAAAUGAUAAAUUGCUAACUGAAUUUGGUUGUACAAGAGUUGAAGAAAAAGAACAUGGUCAAGAAAUCAAACAACAAAAUCAGAAAUCAAAUCUCUUGGAACAUCAAGGGCACAAGCUACUGGCUCAGAAAUGUGAAUCAGAGAAGGCAAUACAAGAAAAAAGAAGAAUAAGGGAGAUCAGAGCUUUCUGGGAAAGGGAUAAAACUAUACCCAGUCACAGAGAGAAAGGAGUUAGUAUCAAUACUGAUGCAUCAGGUGACUGUGCAUUGACAGGUCUCAGAGAAAGUGACAAACUGAAACAAUCUGCAGUGUAUCUACCUAAGGCAUUGCAUGAUCAGUGCAAGAACACAUUAAGAAGUCCUGAAGUAAGUUGUGCAAGCCAGGCGUCAAGAAACAAAAGUCAGCACUCUUUUGAAUCUGGACCAGGCCAUGCAUUUGGAAAGGCAGAAGGGACACUUCAGUUUGAUGAAGUUUGUGAAUGUACAGAACUCCCAAAAGCCAGUAACUUGCAUCCCAGAGCUGGUGUCACUUCAGUUUCACCAAAAAGCAAAGACAAAGAUGAGAAGGAGACUCUUAAAGGAAAAGUUCCUGCUUCUUCCCAACAGAAGCCAAACUUCCAGGUUUUGUCUUUAAAAGAAAAGAUGAAUGGGAAGUCCAAGAAUCAAAUUUCAGAUUCUUCACACUUCCAGAGUCUGAGAAACUUCUGGGAUACUGGAGCUAAAUUCCAGAGUAGCAUUGACAGGGAAGAUGAUUCUUUGCCAAAUAAUACUAGAUCAAUAAUCUAUGAAAGAAAAUCAAAGGAAGAUAAAAAAGGCAGAGAUAAUGUGAGCAAGCAAGAGUUAAUUAAACAACAAACCCAAACACCUGAGAGAGAAAAAACACAGAAACUAGAUUCUGUAGUAUGCAAAAAAUCUCUAGGAUCUCCUAUCCUAAGAGGUCUGAAUGUGACACACACAAAAAAUACAGACUCUCUCCAGCUGGACAGCCAGCCAGUUAUCUCAAAAUCACAGGAGAAGAUGGGUCUUCCAGAGCAUGAAGUUAGAGAAUACACAGAUAAAAGCAUUGUUUCAUCGAAAGAUAAUCAUGUAUCCUUGCAGCUCCAGUCAUCUGGUGAUAAAGAUGCUUUAAAGGAGAAAGUAGUAGGUGAUAAACUACAUUUACCUAUAGAAAAAGGGGAAAACAAGACUACUCCUUUGGAUAAAGAGGAAGUUGCAGAGACUGUGGAUAAAGUUGUUCUACCCAAAGGUGAGCUUGAUAUAUUUAAAUCAUGUCUAAAGAAGCUAGAAAAGGAAGCCUUGGAGAUGUCAUUUAGCUUAAACCUAAAAGAAAGCAUUUUAAAAGGGACGCAUUUUCAGUCAAAUCAGUGCAAGGUCUUUGAGAGAAAAGGGCAAGACAGAAACGUUAUUUCUCCUGUUGAUCAAGGAGAAGAAAUAGGCAAAAGUACAGGACAAGUGAAUGUGUCAUCAACACAUAAGCAUGAGAACAGAAAAAGUCUCAGAAAGCUGUUUAGGGAAUUUGACCCUUUGUAUCUACAAUAUCAGGCAGCAGACAAGGAUGAUACCCUUGAGGGCUCCCCAAGGCCUCAAGCUGGUUUGGAGAACCUUCUCAAAGAAACCCUUGUAUCUCAACCUUCUGAAUACAGAAGGGUGGGAAUGAAAACAUAUGAUGAGUCAAAUAGUAUAUCACAAAAUAACUGCAGUGUAGAAUCAGCACACCAAGAAGCUACUGGUCCACCUGAAGAGGUCCAUGAGACCAUAGAGAAGUCUGUAGCUGGAUCCAAGGUCAAUGGUUUGAGUUCUGCUCUACAGAAGCUGCUGGAGGAGGCCUCUGAAGCACCCCCUUCUAAACCCAAAUUUGCCAACAGCACAGCAUGGGGGACUGCUGAGUAUCAAGUUAAAAGGACAAUGUGUGAACAUGGUGGAGAAGUGCCACAGGAAAUCGGUGAGACUGUAGAAAGGUCUGUUGCCCCAUCCAAGGCCAGUGGCUUGAGUUCUGCUUUAGAGAGGCUGCUGAAGGAGGCCUCUGAAACGCCCCCUCCUAAACCCAAAUGGGCUGACAGCACAGUGCAGAGAACUGCUGUGGUGCAAGACAAAGGCAUGACUUAUGAGCAUGGUGAAGAGGUGCAGCAGGAAAUCAGUGAGACUGUAGAAAGGUCUGUAGCCCCAUCCAAGGCCAGUGGCUUGAGUUCUGCUUUAGAGAGGCUGCUGAAAGAGGCCCCUGAAGCACCACCUCCUAAACCCAAACGUGCUGACAGCACAGUACAAAGGACUGCUGCGGCACAAGUUAAAAGCGCAACUUAUGAGUGUGAUGGGGAGGUGCUGCAGGAAAUCCAUGAGAUUGUAGAAAAGUCUGUUGCCCCAUCCAAGGCGAGUGGCUUGAGUUCUGCUUUAGAGAAGCUGCUGAAUGAGGCCUCUGAAACACCUCUUCCUAAGCCAAAACAUGCUGACAGCACAGUACAGAGAACUCUGGAGGUGGAAGCUAAAAGCAUGACCUAUGAGCAUGGUGGAGAGGUAGCUCAGGAAAUCAGUGAGAAUAUAGAAAAGUCUGUUGCCCCAUCCAAGGCCAGUAGCUUGAGUUCUGCUUUAGAGAGGAUGCUGAAGGAGGCCUCUGAAACGCCCUCUCCUAAACACAAAUGUGCUGAGAGCACAGUACAGGAGACUGCUGAGGUGAAAGCUAUGAGCACAGCCUAUGAGCAUGAUGGAGAGCUGCUGCAGGGAAUUGGUAAGACCACAGAAAGAUCUGCCCUGUCCAACGCUGAAUAUACAGGGUCUGAUGUUAAUUUUCAGAAUCAACCAAAAGAGGUUUCUGAAAUACCAGCUUCUGUGCUGGAAAAUAUAGAUAAGAAAAUGCAUGAUAAAAUACAGACUAGUGUAGGUAUAUAUGUUCCACAUCAACGAGACAGAGAUCACUCUCAAGAAAUACAAGAAACAGUAGAAAAAUCCUCUGUUUCAAAUAAUGCAAAAUUUGGUGAAUUCAGUCGCUCUUUAGAAAAACUUCAGGAAGUAUCUGCAGUUUCAUGUCCAAUAUCCAGAGACUUAUAUCAGCAAGAAGUUGAGGAUUGUACAUUUCCCUCAGAGAAAGAGACUCUAUUCAUGACAAACUCACAGCCAUACAAUGCCCUAAGUAGCUAUGAUACACAUAUGAAGAUAGUUCUCAAAGUGGGAGCUCCAGAAAAGACCGUCAAAGCCUCAGUUAAUGAUCUUGCAGUAAGUGAAAUUGAAGCUUCUGGUCUUAAAAGAGAUGGAGCUAUUAACAAAAUAGGAGAGAGAAACAUGGUUUCAUUUGAUCUUUGUUCCUUGGAAGGCAAGACAAAUAUGGUCGCAAUCAAACCAUUUGAGAUAAAUGAAAAAGGGAUGAUUGAAAGCACGUUCUUGGAGGCUUCUGAACAGAAUUCAGAAUUUCAAGCACUGAUGAAUUUCAGAAGAGCAACUACAGCACUUAAAGGUGAGAUCAACUACCCCCAGCCAGAAGAAUCUCAGUUCUGCUUCAUGUCUCAGCAUGAGGAUAACAAUGAAGAGAAAGGCAGCAACAUAAAUUUGGGAUCCAAGUUUUCUGAUUCUCACUCUGGAACUCUGAAUAGAAGUUCAACUCGUUCUGAAGAAGAAUUAAACCCUGUUUUGAUGGCUUUGAAAAGGAGUGCAGAUAGGAAAAAGCCUUCCAAAAGUCUAGAGGACAUUCCAUCAGCUACCUCAAAUAAAGAAAAAAUAAAUAAACAAAAGGAAGAAUUAGUUCUUAGUGAUGAAGAUGGUCUGAAACCUGAUCAGCAUCAAGAGAGGACUGAAACUGCAGCAGGAAUUUCCACAGUGACUUCACAGCCUGAUAAACUCUUCUCCAACCCCGAAAAACUCAAAGGACUGAGCAAGUCAGUACCAUCAUUCUUACAAGAAGAGAGUGAUGACAGAGAGACAGAUACAGCAUCAGAAAGCAGUUAUUCCUUUGGCAGAAUCAAGAAGAGUCCCAGCUCUCUAACCAAUCUUAGCAGCUCUUCUGGCAUGGCCUCCUUAUCCUCUGUGAGCGGCAGCCUAAUGAGCAUCUAUAGUGCAGACUUUGGCAAUGUUGAUGUGAAGGGGAACAUUCAGUUUGCCAUUGAUUAUGUGGAACAGCUGAAUGAGCUCCACAUCUUUAUUUGCCAGUGCAAAGAGCUGGCAGUAGCAGAUGUUAAACGACAACGUUCAGACCCGUAUGUAAAGACCUACCUGCUUCCAGAGAAAUACAGACUGGGCAAACGGAAGACUUCUGUCAAAAAGAAAACUUUUAAUCCAGUCUAUAAUGAAAUACUGCGGUAUAAAAUUGAGAAGGAGCUCCUAAAGAAUCAAAGCCUCAAUAUCUCUGUCUGGCACAAUGAUACCUUUGGGAGGAAUAGUUUCCUUGGUGAAGUGGAGCUGGAUUUAGGAACUUGGGACUGGAAUGAUCCAUCCAAUAAGCAGAUAAACUGGUUUCCUCUCAAGCCAAGGACUUCAGCAGUAACUCUUAAUCUAGAAAACAGAGGGGAGAUGAAACUAGCCCUCCAGUAUGUCCCACAUCCAAUUGGAGGAAAGAAGACUCUAUCUACUGGUGAGGUCCACAUCUGGGUGAAGGAAUGCCAUAACCUCCCUCUUCUGAGAGGCAAUAGGCUCAAUUCUUUCAUUAAAUGUACCAUUCUUCCAGACACCAGCAGAAAAAGUCGCCAGAAAACAAGGACAGUUGCAAAAACGACAAACCCGGUAUUCAACCACACCAUGGUCUAUGAUGGCUUUAGACCAGAAGAUUUAAAAGAAGCCUGCAUAGAACUCACAGUCUGGGAUCACAACAAACUAGCAAACCAUUUUCUGGGGGGCCUCCGGAUAGGCCUUGGAACAGGCAAAAGCUAUGGAACUACAGUAGAUUGGAUGGAUUCUACUUCAGAUGAAACUGCCCUUUGGGAGAAGAUGAUGAACUCUCCGAACACCUGGAUAGAAGAUACACUACCUCUCAGGAUGCUUAUGGUUGCAAAAUUGACAAAAUAAGGUGGAUUUUUAUUUGUUAGUGUCAAAAAGAAACCUUGGGAAUGAAAUUAAAAGCAUGGGGGUGGAACUUUAGAAGAGGAACACAGUAGCUUUUUUGUCAGUUUCGGCUCUGUUACUGUUCUGGUUUUGUGCUGUCAGAUGUCACUUUGUAUUUUAAAUUGAACAUCUGCUUGCAGAUCAUUAUGUAAAUUGUAGGGAUUUUAAAAUCUCUUAUUCACUGAAAGCAACUUCAAGAAAGAAGGUGUUUACAGAACUCAGUGUCAGAGGUUGCUGUGAUAUCUGGAUGACUGUGUUGUCUAACUGAAGCAUUGCUGAUCCCUUAAAAAUCCAAAUAACCAGCAGAAAUAUAAGAGCAAGUCAAUUGGUUUUGUAGAUUGCUAGGAUUUUUCAUGAAGUCUUACUGAUAAGACAGCAACAUUAGUGUUAAAGCUCAUUGGUAUGUGUUUGUAUCCUCAUUAUGCUGUGACAGAUCUCUCCAGCAUGAAAUGGUCGUGAACUCAGUUUUUGCAAGUUCCUCUAGUUGUAAUUGUACAUUUCUAGGACAUGAAAGUUACUCCCCCAAUGAAAGAAGCGUGGCAUGAAGUGGUACUGUCGAUGUCCUAUUCUACAAGGUGCAGAGGACCUUCUUCCAAUGUACUGUAAAAAAUCAGGGUUAUAAAAAAUUUGCUUUAAAAUGUGUUAAUCAUCUUCCUAGCAUACAAUACUUAAGUGCCAAAGAUGUAAAGGUGAAACUAUUUUUAUUCCAGUGCUACUCAAAAGGAUCUAAAUGUGCCGGUUUUAGUGAUGACAAGAAUGUUGGGUAUUUAUUCUCCAAAGUGCACUUGUUUGUACCUGUAUCCAUUAGCUUGUUUUGGUUUUUAUUUUUGCAAAAAGUGAACUUACCUGUGCUUCAGCGCCACCGUUAGGAGACUGGUAGGACUGUGGUGGGCUUUGCUUAGUUUUGAGGCAUAGGAAAUAAGGCUGCAGUUUGUAACUUGUAGAAAUGCUAGCAGAUAAAUGCAUAAAGUACAAAAUAUAUUCAUUUUGUUUUCUUUUUUUAAAAAUAAAUUCAGCCUAUUUAAAUGAAAUAGGAAUUCAGUUUUAUUACAUGCCAGUGGUUUAUGUUAGCCAUUCAGCAUGCAGUGUAACAAAAUGCAGACAGACAACAUUUUUGAAAAUAAAUACACAGUUUUUUACUCCA